GCACCAGUGCAGCUGCCACAAUUUUAGCCUUUCCUGUCUUUCCUAGUCCACAUGGAGAAGGUUACAUCUCCUUUCAAGGUAUAUUCCUAGCAAGAGAAACAAACACUAGUAAUUAGUAGUCUAAGUUUUAACUUAUUCCUUCAGAAUUGUUCUAGAAAUUAGAUCAAAAUCAAAUAGGCACUUACCAUAUAACAUUCCUUUAUGAGUUGCAGAUUAUGUUUCUGAUGAUGGACCGCAAGAUCCUCAAUCCAUUGCAAUCAAGCAACUUCUUGCAUCUUUACCUGAAAAUGCCAACAAUUCCACAGAGAUAAAGAUCGCAUUAAUAAGGGAAAUAAAGAAAGCAUCUGCCAUCAUUGUGAACACAAUGGACUUCCUCGAACAGGAAGCACUAGCAGUGAUUAGAGACCACUUCGCACCUUCAAUUUUCGCCAUAGGCCCCCUUCACAAAUUAGCCCCUACAGGUUCUGCUUCACGGCUCAAGGAAGAUUCUAGCUGCAUUUCUUGGCUUAAUAGACAAGCCCCAAAAUCGGUGGUCUACAUAAGCUUUGGCAGCCUGGCUGCAAUGGAUGAAGAAGAGCUAGUUAACAUGGCUUGGGGACUGGCAAACUCUGAGCAGCCAUUUCUAUGGGUAGUUAGACCAGGUUCAGUCCGUGGGUCUGAAUGGAUUGAGUCCCUGCCAGAGACAUUCCAUGAAAGAGUUGGAGAAAGAGGCAACAUUGUGAGAUGGGCGCCACAAAAGGAGGUGUUGGAACAUGGUUCAGUGGGCGCAUUUUGGAGCCAUUGUGGAUGGAAUUCUACCCUUGAGAGUAUAUCAGAAGGCGUGCCACUGUUAUGCAGGCCUUUGUUUGGGGAUCAGAUGUUAGAUUCAAGAUAUAUUUGCGAUGUGUGGAAGGUAGGGCUAGAAUUGGAGAAAGGGAAGAUUGCAGAAGGUAUAAGAAGACUAAUGAAGGAUGAGGAAGGGAUGGAGAUAAGAAAGAGAGCAAUGGAUUUGAAGAAGAAAACAGAGGCUUGUCUAAGGGAGGGUGGUUCAACAAUCAAUUCUUUCAAUGAAUUUUCAAAGCAGAUACUAGGUUAAUAAUUAAGAAGCACCCCCUUACACGGAUUCCUUUCUUUUACCUAUAUAAACUCUUACUGUAUAUCUAUGGGGCAAUUGAAUCUACAUGAUAUGAAGGAAAAAUCAGUAUAAUGUUGAAAAAUAACUGUAUCAGCAACUUGAUCAUACAUCUAUGUAAUGCAGAUAUGAGAAAUAGAAAGAGAUCAUACCCAUUUGAUUAUUUAACACGGGACUCAUGAAUAAACCAAACAGGAGGAU